GAGUCAACUCAAAAUUGUGCUUCCUGCCAGGCAUAAUUCUCUGUGUCCAUCAGACACGGUACCAUAACAGCUCAACCCUCACCAGGCCGAGGAAGCCUUUUCUUGAAAUUCUCUCGUUGGCAUCAAAUUCAAUGAGAGCUUCCCCUAUCAUCAAGUUCUUUGUCAGUCCAUGGUUUAUUGAGCUAUUCAUAUAUUUUAGUUGAUGCGAUGAGAGUUCAGGUUCUCUUCAAAUUUAUGCUUAAUGUUCUUCAUAAGUACUUUAGGCCUAACUUCCAUGUGCAUCUGAAACUCUAAUCAACGCAUAGCAUUAAGUGGAUCUGCAUAACAUAGUGCUAAGAGGGCUCUGCACAACACAGAACUAAGAGAGCUACCUCCAUUGUCUACUUGCACCCCAGUUCACAUAAUCGGCAUAUUUAGAGCCCAUCUCAACGCUAGGGAAUAACACUAACCAUAAAUUUAGUUUUUUACAGGGGUUUGUGUGCCUUCUAGAUCUAUUAUGUUUAUUUUAGAAGUUUUGUGUUAGCUUCAUAUUAUAAUUUUUUUUUCUUUAUUGAUCAAAUCAGGGAAGGAAUAAUAUUGAAGGUCUUGUCUUAGAUCUAACCACUUCUACAGAUGGACAAAUGACUAUCUCAUUGUUCGAAAGAAUGCCAAAUUUGCGAUUACUUCGAUUAAUCAAUGCACGUGAUAUUAAAGGAAAUUUUAGUAAUUUAUUUCCUAAAUUAAGGUGCAUUAGAUGGCAUUCUUGUCCGUGGACGCAUAUACCUUCCACAUUUCAUCCACAAAAUCUCGUCUCUAUGGAUAUGCCGAUGGGUAGAUUCAAGAUACUGUGGAAGGGGCCAGUGCCUAUCAAACAAUUGAACCAUCUGAGUUGUUUGUAUCUGAGCCAAUGCCGUGAUUUAAAACGGCUACCAGAGCAAUUAGGUGAUAUGAAGACCUUACAGAAGAUUGAUGCAAGUUUUACUGCAAUUAAGAAACUGCCAGAAUCAAUUACUCACCUCAAGGAUUUGAUUGAGUUGAACUUGAGAUUUUGCAAGAAGCUUAAAAAGUUUCCUGAGCAAUUUGGGGAGCUCAAAGGAUUAAAGAAGCUUAAUGCAGGUCAUUCUGCAAUUGAACAACUUCCGGACUCUAUUACUCAACUGAAGGAAUUGCUUACGUUGUACUUGUUCGGUUGCAAGAAGCUUAGAAAGCUACCUGAGCAAAUUGGGAAUAUGCAAGGGUUAAGGACAUUUCAUGCAAGUAAUAGUGCACUUGAACAACUUCCAGAUUCGUUUUCAUGCCUAAUUAAUUUGGAGAGACUAUACUUGUCUGAAUGCAAGAACCUUGCAAAUCUUCCGAAUAGCAUAUGGCAGCUCAAGUCACUUAAAGUGCUACACCUGGAGUCCUAUUCAAGUCUGGUGCAGUUGCCUGAGCACUCGGGGAUGGUGCAAUGUUCACAAGAUCUGCAUGCAUAUCGCACAUCAAAGGAAGAAGUUCCUCCAGAUUCGACUGGACAGCUGCGCAGGUUACAAGUUUUGGGUUUAGGAUGCAAGAAGCUUGAAUUUGUACCUUAAAGUAUCUGAAUUCUUGUCUCGAUUGAAUAUAACAUAUUCACCCCACGGAUGUAGCUAGGUGCAACCAUUUCACAUUUUCACCUGAUUCAGUAAAUAAAAUAUAAACAAAAUUAGGCGC